UCCCUCGCUGGAGAAGGAUCUGAAAGAACUUCAGAAACUUCUACGGAUGCAAAGGAGACACACGGUAGAUGAAAACUCUCCGCAGAGGAAGAAUAAAGCUCUCUUCCACCAGCUGAGUCUGAAGGAGAACUGGCACCCUGUGAGAGGAGCUCAGAGGGACAGGAAGGAAGUGUGGUGUCGUGUGUACGUGACCAUAGACUCAUACGUGAGUGUGAGGACACACGGCGAGGUGUCCGUUCAGGAACUGCUGAGCACUGUGGCCGAAAGGCUCGACUGUGAUGAGGACGACAUGGUGCUGAUGGCCGUCACAUAUCCUGGAGAGAAGGUUCUGCUUCAGUCGGAUCAGUGUGUGUUCUCGUCUUCACUCAGUGCCGCUGAGCGGCUGCACGUCUGCAGAAGAGACCUGACUGAGAUCAUGAGUCCCUUCACUGAUAAUGGGCAGCAGCGCUCAGUAAAGAUGCUGAGCAUGAACACGUGGGAUGUAGCCGUGUCGCUCACCAACUGUGACUGGAGUCUCUUUAGUAAUGUCCAUGAGCAAGAGCUGGUAUACUUUACUCUGAGCCGUGACACGAGCACUGGCCACAUGGUGGCGCUGGAGCAGCUGUUACAGCGCUGCAAUGAGACUCAGCAGUGGGUGAUGACCGAAGUACUUCUGUGCCCGACCCUCUGCAAACGUGUGCAGCUCUUCAAGAAAUUCAUCAAGAUCGCAGCACACUGUAAAGCACAGAGGAACUUGAACUCAUUCUUUGCUAUUAUUAUGGGACUGAACAGUCCCGCCGUCAGUCGACUCACUCAGACAUGGGAGAAAGUCCCUGGGAAGUUCAGGAAGUUGUUCUCUGAGCUGGAGAGCCUGACAGACCCUUCUUUAAAUCACAAAGCCUACAGAGAUGCCUUCAGGAAGAUGAAGUCUCCCAAGAUCCCUUUCCUACCUCUACUUCUGAAAGAUAUUACCUUCAUUCAUGAGGGCAACAAAACAUUUCUCGACAACCUAGUCAACUUUGACAAACUACACAUGAUAGCAGACACAGUGCGGAUUAUCAGGCAGUGUCGGACAGAUCACAUGGGAAACAUGUUGUCCCAGAAGGACAGCGUGGAAGUGAGAACGUACAUCAAUUACCUGCACGUCAUCGACAAUCAACAGACUCUGUUUGAGCUCUCACACAGACUUGAGCCCAGGACAUAAAACAACUCGAUAUAUAUCCUAAAACCACUACUGAAGACUGGACCGCAUCCUUGCUCUAACUGAAGACUGUGACGAGUAAAUCCUCCACUAGGGGGAGACACAAUCACGCCAACCACACAGAACAGAUACAGAGUAUCACACAGCCAAAGAAAUCUCAGCCAGUUCAACCCACCAUGUGAAAGGAACAAAGAAGCUGAAUCAUGCAAGAAAACAGCAAGAAUUUACUGAACGGUUAUAACAGGAAACAUUACAGUGAUCCAGUAUUCUUUAAGUUACAGUACAGAAAGAUCAUGUUGAGAAUUCAGAUGUCUUCAUACAUCACACUUUCACUCAGUAGUGUAGGGCAGAUUUUAGUUAUUUUGAGCCAGUUUGCCACUGCAAAAUAUGUAGCUUCACUAAUAAAUAAGAGCAUAUGCAUAUAUGAGAAAUUAAUAGGCACAUCUUUAUUUCUGUGCAGUCCAAUUAGUCUGAAAUUUGAGCUACAUGCGCAAAUAACAAAACAAUGUGAUGCCUUUUUAGAUCAUGGCCAACAAACAAUUUGUAGACAAUCAGAAAGAUAUCCCAAGGCAGCACACUGUAUUUCAGGUGCAGAAUUGCUAGUAGAAAUUUAGAUUAAAGCGACAAUUAGUUGAACUUGCAUAAACCGUAAGUAAAUCCUAAAAUUAUGCAUAUAUUUGAGGGAAAACACUAUAUCUGUGCAAUCUAUUUAGCAGACUGUCAUAGAAAUAAUUGGGUUUUAAAUUAUGGAUGUAUUUUAUUGGAAAAGCCCUACUGAAAAUAACUGAGCAAUGGUUCUGUAAUGGCUUACAUGAGAUGGUGCUUGAAGAAAGCAAAUGUAUAGAGUUCUUGUAUAAGUUGUACUUUGACUUGUGAGACAUUGAGAUAUUUAUUAAACAACAAGCUUGUCCCUGAAUCAGAAGGGAAGACAAAACAAGUUUUAAAUACAAAGAAAAGAUAUAAUGUACUGUAAAUGUGAUCAGAUGGUCUGAAGGAUUUGGCAACGCCAUUGAUUGACCAGUCUGAUAAUGCCUGUGAGGUUCACAUGUGAACUCUGUAAAUAUGAAGACUUUGUUUUUAAUAAAUAAUGAUAAACAGGCCAUAAAGCAAUAGCAAGGUGUACAUCUCACCUUCAGAAAAACAAGUGUUUGCAGUGACUGACUGUAGCUGCUGUUUGCACUAGUUUUCUUCACAAAGAGCCUGACAUUAAAGA